UCACGGCUGAGGAGAAUGACUUUCCCGAUACUCCUCUCAAUUCUUUGGAUAUGUGCUCUUGCUAGAGCCCAGGACGGGGAGCGCCGGCCAAGCGGAAGCGUCUGUCUGCUCACUUCCCAGGAUGUGGAUGCGCGGAGCUACCUUCGAAAGGCCCGGAUGAUCGGAGGCCGAGCCGCUCACAAUAACGAGUUCCCAUGGCAAGUCUCAAUACGCCGCAAUGGUAACCAUAUCUGCGGAGGGUCGCUGAUCCACGAAGAAUGGGUUCUCACGGCCGCUCACUGUCUCAAACAGAAGGAUCCCGCCCGGUAUCUCGUUGAAGUUGGAUUCGUUUUCGAGGGCGACUCUCACAAACAAAUCUCUGAGACAGCAUGGCUCGCCUCCACCGCUAAAGUCUCACCGCUACAGGUCGAAGAGCGCAUCCCCGCCGCAUCCUUCGGCAGAAUGGGCUUCAGAGCCCAUAAGGGUGAUAUUGGCCUGAUUAAGCUGACAAGAGGAUUCCGGCUCGACGACUCCGUCGCGACGAUCUGUUUGCCCGACCCCUCUUACAGAAUAAACGGCGGUGGCGUCAUUGUCUCAGGUUGGGGUGUCACGAGAGAGGGAGGAAAGAGAGCGUCGCCCGCACUCCGCGUCGUGACCGUUCCCUACGUGUCGAAAGGAGAAUGUCUCAAUGAUUACUCGAGCUUCUGGAGUCACCUGAUGGGCUCGAAAUUCGACGCGGAAACGAUGUUUUGUGCCGGUCUCCCCGAAGGUGGCAAGGAUGCUUGUCAGGGUGACUCGGGGGGACCAGCUGUUCAGUUCAUCGAUGGGAUACCGACUCUGGUGGGGAUUGUAUCUUGGGGCGAAGGAUGUGCUCGACCUGGGAAACCGGGAGUGUAUACUGAAGCCGCCGUUUACGUCCCUUGGGUCAUGGGAACGAUCCGCAAUUACUACUUUUCUCGGAAUCAAUUAGCGAAUAGCAUUAGACUCACCUGA